AUGGCCCAGGACCCUGAGAUCGUUUUGUUCCACUACACCUUCUCGCCAUACGCACGGCGAGUGGCCUGGUAUUUAAAUCUACGCGGCAUUAGAUAUUCGCAAUGUCUACAACCACCGAUCAUGCCCCGACCAGACCUUGCGGCUCUGGGCGUCCAGUACCGGAGAAUCCCGGUGCUUAUGAUAGGAAAGGAUAUUUUCUGUGACUCCAGGCUGAUCAUACAAAAGCUUGAGGAGCGGUUCCCCGCUGGAAAAUUAGGUGCAGACGAUGGGGAUGGGAAGGCGAUCGAGAAGCUAAUCGACAUAUGGACGACGGAUGGAGGAGUGUUUGGCAGGGCUGCCCAGCUGAUACCCAUGAAUACUCCUCUCACCUCGGACCCUAAAUUCAUUGCAGACCGCCUCGAGUUCUCGAAUAGAAAACCUCUGUCAAAUGAUUCUCAGUCGAAUCCGCGGGGAGAGGGAAUGGUCCACGCCAAGCAGGCAUUUGAUAUUAUGGAGACCACUCUCCUUGCCGAUGGCAGAGAUUGGAUCCUGAAGACAGGAAAGCCUACGCUUGCUGAUAUCCAAGGCGUAUGGGUAUUCGACUGGAUGAUUGGGCUCAAAGGAGCCCUUGAUCCCGCUCAGAUAUCAGAACAAACAUACCCCAUAACCUUUGCGUGGGUUUCUCGUUUCCGGAAGGCCUUGUCUGCAGCUAGGUCCACAUCCCCCAUGCCCCGAACCUUGACUGGCAAAGAAGCGCUAGACGGGCUCAGCCGGGCAGACUUUGCCGAACCAGAAGGCACUGUUGAUCCAGCUGAUCCGUUGAAAUUGGAAAAGGGCGAUGAAGUCCUUGUAUUCCCGACAGAUACCGGUGUAAACAGGAGAGACAGGGGCCAUAUUGUAGCUCUUAAUGCGCAAGAGGUUGUGUUGCAGCGUAAAACAGCAGACAACCGGUUUGACGUGCGCCUCCAUUUCCCUCGGACCAACUUUAGGAUCCUUAAAGUUGAUAGAAUGGAAGGAGGGCGCUUAUGA